AUGGAUUUGUUGAGAUCUCAAUUCUCUCGACUUCGGCAGUCACUGCCGCAACCACAACAGAUGCCAGGCAAUUACCCUUCAUCUCCUAGACAAGAGCUGUCGUGGUAUGUGCAAGUAUCUAAACAAGUCAACUACAUUCUUAUCACACCACUAGCUCUUUGUGUAAGAGCACUAAUGUCCGUUCUCUCUCUUUUAUUCAAGACACUCUAUGUGCUUGAUAAACCUCGCGAAAGUAGCUCUGAUGUGAGAGCCACUUCUGCAUUAUUGAACGAUCCCAUAAGGAGAGCAGAGCAAUUUGUAGCGGAACUCGAAGAAAACCUCCCAAUUACACAACAGCAACAGCCAAGUUUUCCAGGCCAGGCUGUUACAAACCUCCCGCCGUUUUUCCAAGGUAGCUACAGCCUGGCGUUGUACAUGGCCAACACAAGGGCAAAGUUUCUCUUUGUAUACUUGACCAAUUCGCACACGGAGGGUUCCAAAUCGCUUUUUGAAAAGGUUAUCACCAACAAGAAAUUCAAUGAACUCGUAUCGGAUACCGAAAAAACCAUUAUCUGGGGUGGUGAUGUUGCACAGGCAGAGGCUUACCAGCUUGCCACAAAUCUCAACAUCAGCAAAUUCCCCAUGUUAGGCCUCCUUUGCUUGACGAGAGCAACAAAAAUGACACCAGAGGGUCCAACAAAGGAAGCAGCCAGAAUUUCAUUGGUUCUGAAAAUACAAGGAGGGAUCCGUGACUCUGCAGACGUGGGGGCUUUGAUUCACAGCAAAUUUGUCAAGAAAAUGAUGAGGUACGAGCCUGAAUUGGCUCUCAUCCGUGCUGAGCUACGGGAGCGGCUAGCUGAGGAACAGUUGCGCCGCACACAACAAGAAAACUUCCAAAAGUCGCUUCAACAGGAUAAGCUCAAGAAGAUGCGGAAAGAGAAAGAAGAGCUACUAGUGAAAUAUUUGAAAUGGCGCCAGCCUCAUAUACUUCGGAUCGUUGCUGGAGAGGCGACUUCACCUACACUGCGUGUUGCGUUCAAAUUUGAGAAUGGCCAGCGAGUUACACUUAACUUCUCUCAGGAGUCGAGCAUAGAGGAUUUAUUUACCUACGUGGAGUUGUCGAUUAGAAAUAUGUUGAAUUCUCAUUAUGAGGUGCUUCUCUCCGAUGAAGAAGCACAGUCCCUCUUUAACAAGCAGGCUCGGGACUACAAGUGCCGGCUCACUUCGUCUGUUCCACCUAGGUCUUCAUUGAAUGAGUAUCCACUUACAACUCUAGUUAAAGAUGUCCCUUUCAUUACUCCGAGCGGUUUGCUUAUGGUUGAAAGCAUGGAAGACAACUAA